AUUAUCACACCCUCUUUCGAAGAACCGCACUAUUACAGUGGGAUCAAAUCGCCGAGUUGUAACCUUGCUGAGGGGUAUUCUUACAUCUCCUCUAAGCCACACCGCUAUGGACCAACUUGCGGAUUACUGCUAAGGGCUCAAGACAUUAUUUAAGACCUCGCCAUGUCGUGGGAUAUCCAAGAUGUCACUUAUCAAUCUUAUUUCCGACAUAUGGCAAGGUAUUUGAACCGCUUUUACGCAGCGCAAGGAUGUCUGGCGUCCGCCGCGGUGGGUUCACCCCGAUUCCGCAAGAGGACCAUGUUAGCGAACAGCAACCACAGCGGAGAUGGGCCCCAAAAAGUGAUUUUCGCAGUCAGGUGCAACAGGUACUUCGACAAAGCACCAUACAGCAAGAAAAGGCUCAAGAAAGCACACGUACCUCGCCCGCUUUUUCAGAUACAACACUCACCAAUGGUGAUUAUUUAGACGUACCGCUAAGGCGUCAUGAAGCAAAGACCGGAGAAUACGUGGAGUAUUGUGGUGGAUAUUAUGGCCCUGAAGCUGUAGGCCUAUCGCCAAUAUCAAGUGCUAGGGCUGGUCUCGGGCUGGAAGUUCAUUCUAAACCCGUUGCCCCUUACCUUUCUUCUGGGGGACUUUCUGUUGAUGAUAAUUGGCAUGGCAUAAGCUACUGUGGAUCUGAAGGGAGGACCGAGGAAGAAGAUAAAAAUGAGAAAAGGAACUAUAAACCCCUUGUAUUAAGAGGGAAAUUUUUAGUUGUCCUUUUCUUAACUCUAGCAGCCCUUAUUGCGUUAGCUGAACUUGCGAUUCAAUAUCUUCCAAAUCAUUCAGGGGUUAAUCCAUUCUCUCAAGAAUACGAACACACUAAAAAAAUCUACCAUCGACUCAAUUCUGAAAUUAAGACUCAUGUUCCUAGAAAUCUAGCUCAUUUCAAACGCCAGAACGAAACUAGGCCGGUGACAACCAUACCUACAUUUACUGAAGUUACAUCUUAUACCAUUCCUGAGGCUACAUUAUCCCCAAGCUCAAUAUCGCAAAUAACAACAGUACCUCCAGUAGGAGGAGGGACGACAACUGAGAUAUCAACAUCACACACGGUACCAAUUAUAACUCUGCCGUCAGAGCCCCAGCCAUCGCUUCCAACAUCGACUUCGGAAGUUCCUCUUCCGCCUUUACCAUCAACUACCUCUUCAUCUAAAUCUUUUCCAUCGCCUCCCUUUACACUACCUAUACCACCAGUUCCACCAGCUCCACCAGCUUCAUCAUCUACACUAAAGUCCUCGUCAUCGGUUACAUUACCAGAAACACAGGAUCCUACGGGGCCACAUGGAAGUUCAUCGCCGGGGAAUCAGUGGCCGUGGCCUACGUCGAAUCAUCCAGGCCGUCCAGACCAUUCAGGUCAACCUCCAAUACUAGAUCCGCCUACUUCACAGCCUACAAGUUCCGAUGAAACUUCUAUGCCUUCUACACCAUCAUCGUCCUCGCGGCCAACAGCCUCGGGCCCUCCUACUAGCGCCGAUUCAACAGAGACAGAACCUACAUUGACAUUAUCCACAGGUCCUGAUCCUCCUUGGACAGGCCCUACGACAACGGGAACCACGCAGCCGCCGCCACCGCCGCCACCGCCGACUUCCUCUAGCGUAACUAAACCGAGCCCACCUCUAGCUUCAACCACAGACCUUCCAUUUUCGACCUCAACGGGGUCUCCUGGAACCGCAACAGAACCCCUAGGGACUACUACACGUCUGCCAAUUAGCUCGUCUAACAUACAGUUUUCGAGCACAACUACUUCUAGUACAAUUACUACAACUAAAACUACGGGGGAGUCCCCAAGUGAUCCGUCAACAGAAACAAAAUCCGCGUCUUCUAGCAGCUUGACUAGCGAAAAGACAUCCGUCAAAACUAGCACGAUGGAUAGUAACACCAAGUACACCUCGGGUUCUUUAUCUUCAACAUAUUCCAAAUCUCAAGCUGUAACACUAUCUCCAUCUAGCACGACUACAGGUAACAUCCCAACUCGGACAUUACAACCACCACCGCCGGUAUCUAAAACGACAGAGACUGGAUUACCGGAGCCUUUCAUAACGAUUACUAAUAUUCCUGAUGGGCCGCCACCACCUACGUCUAUAACUACAACAAUAACGACUUCGACUACUCGAGAUGGUGUAACGUUCGUAACUACUUUUGCCAAGGGGAUAAAAGCCGCGCUAGAUGAUUCAGUAACGAAGUAUGUUACUACACUUACGGACUCACAUGGCAAACCAACUCGAACGGAGACUAUCUUGGCACAAGCAUCUAUGGAAACAGUCGUUUAUAAAGAUGCUCACGGAAACCCCACCCUCACAGGGACGCAGAUCGUGCUUCGCUACCCAAGACAGACGACUCUGACGGACUAUCAAGGACGGGCGACAUUAACCAAGGAUUAUUAUCUGGGUCUAUCUACAGAAGUUUUAUACAACGAUGCUGGUCAUCCAACGGCCACUAAGACAUCUAUGGUCACAGAGGUCGCUAUGCUAACUACCCUUUUUAACGAGAACGGUGUAGCAACCCUGACAAAAACCGAGCUUGUCCCCCUAUCUGUGACAACGACGGUUUUUGCAACGCCAACUUCGGAAGUCUCGCCGAAUUCCAAAAACCAGAAGGCAUUAAGUAUUGUCCCUAUUUCCAACGGGAAAUAUUUCUUGGGACUUAUGCUUCCUACGUUUAUCGCGAUUGCUGUGUCGAUUCCGAUCAGGAUGAUCGACCAAAAUGCAAGGCUUUAUCACCCAUUCCACGCACUAACGGCAACUCGAGGGGCACUGGCUCGUGACACUCUAUGUUUUCAGACCUCAGGUAUAUGGAACAUCAAGGCGCGCUUUCGCUCACUAUCAAAUGGGGAAAGCCUCCUUACCCUGACCGGGCUUUUGGUAUUGGGAAGUGUGGUUAUGGUUCCGUUGACUUCCGAAUCCGUCCGGAUUAUCCUAGGUGGUCCGAACUGUGCAGGGUCAAGAGGAGACUCCUCUGUCUGUACCAUGGCCCUUGGUGUCAACCCAGUGCCAGCCCAAGUCGCUGUAGCACUCCUCGCCUUUAUGACUGUUCUCAUCGGGCUAACUGCGGUUGUGCUUCGAAAAUGGAAGACGGGAUUAAGCUGGAACCCUUGGAGUUUAUUCCACAUGGGACAGCUCGCGGCGAACAACGAAAUUCGCACCUUGAUAUUGCGGCGUCUGCGUGAAAAAAACGGCCGGGUAACAUACGAAUAUGUAAAUAAGGCAUUGGCAGGGGUGUCCUUUACUUUGGAUUCCUAUAGAGACAAUGGGGAGCUUAAAUAUGGGUUACUCAUCCCGAAUGAGGCACAGUCUUUGAGGGGGAGUGGGAAGUCAGUGGCUUUUGCACGGGGGAAAACUUCUCGGCGGUGGAGGAAAGGUGAUCAUAUGCCCUUUUUUAUCCUCACAUGGACCGGGAAGCUGCUUUUUCUAGCGUUGUUAUGCGGCGUGAUAAUCGGCUUGAUGAUUUAUACCAUUGUGGGGGACGGCCAGAACUACACACAAUUUAUGACGGGUAGGUGGCGCGUUGUGCGGUUUAUGUUCACUACGAUCGGCGUCUUGAUCUCAAUAAUAUGGGGAUCAUUCUUCUAUGCCGUCGCGUUUCUUAGUCCUCAUAAACUACUUCAUCAAAUCCGACUCUAUAACGGAGAAGCCGUAUACAUGACACCACCAACUAACCCCUUUACCGGCAUUUGGUCAUCACUGGCACCCGGACGCCGAGACAUCUAUCUCGGGUUCGUAUGUGCUACCUCGAUCUUAUCCGAGAUCCUUCCAUUGCUUAUAAGUACUGCCUUGGACAAAUGUACCGAAAGCUUCUGGGCGCAUACGGUUUGUCUCUGGAUGGCAGUAGGUAUAUUAACCACAAUGAUUUCUGUGGUUGGGUUUUCCUUCUUUGUGACUUGGCCGCAUAUGCCAAUCGAUCCCAGCAUGAUAGCCGGCGAGAUGUAUUAUGCUUUAAUGCAAUUUGUAUCUAUGAGUUCGUCGGCGGGAUUGAUCUUUGGUAAAGCGAGCCCAGGCCUCGUCUAGGAUAGUCGUCAGGAGUGAUGACUGGUCUAAAUACGGAGAAAAUCUCCCCCCUAUCCUUGGAAUAGGACAAGCGAUAAAAUAAUCACAAAUAUUGACUAAUAAGGAUUCACAUUAGGAUUCAGAAAUGUGUUCUAAGUAAAUAUUUCUAUGUCUACAGACCUAAAACUC